AUGUCCGACGACAGAAAAGAAGAAGCCGCUGAGGAGGAGGAGGUCACCUGUCAGCCCCUCCCCCCUCCUCAUUCCACUGUUGCCGUGGAUACGCUGAUGUCACUGAGGAGGCAGGACCUCGUCUGCAUCGUGUGCUUUGGCAGUUACGACCUGGCGACCCGGUUGCCGCGGCGACUGCACUGCGGGCACGCCUUCUGCCAGGCGUGUCUGAAGAGACUGGACACGGUCAUCAAUGAACAGGUGUGGAUCCCGUGUCCUCAGUGUCGACAGAACACGCCUCGGCCCAGAGGAGGAGCAGCAGGUCUGGACCUCGACUUGGCCUCGUUCCUGGGAGUGAAGGCCCAGCAGACCUGCGCCUCCUCAGGCUCCCUGUCCUCCUGGAGCUCCGGCCGCAGGGAGGGGGCUUCACCCAGUGACCCGGCUCAGGACGGGAAGCUGUGGUUGGGGAAAGAAGUCCCCGAUGACGGCUGGUUGCACGGAGGUCUGGCUGAGCCACGUUUCCAUCGCUACGGCAACUGUUGCCCGCCGCCGUCCUACUGGUUGUGCUGCUGGUUCUGCUGCCCGGGGCGGGGCUAGGACGGACCAAUGAGUGUGCUGUCUUUAGUUCUCCUUUCUGUUGGUGAAGGUUUUUUGCUCUGAUAGAUGUAAACUGCUAAUA